AUGACCUUGCUGCAGCAGCGACAGAUACCGCAGCAGCAGCAGCAGCAGCAGCGGCUGGAGCUGCUUGACACAUAUGGGUCACCCAGAAGUAGCUGUCGCUUCAGUACCGUUGCGGGGCAGAGCAGCAGCAGCAGCUGCUGCUGCUGCUGCUCGCCAGUCUUUAAGCCUCCAACGUCCAUAGGUCUCUUCUACUUGCAGCAGCAGCAGCAGCAGCAGGAAGUGGGCAAGCAGCAUAUGCUGCUGCAUGCAGCUUUUUUCAGCAGCCAGGCGAAGCGCAGCAGCAGCAAGAACAGCCGCAGCAGCCGCAGCAGCGGCAGCAGCGGCAGCAGCAGGAAGAGCAGCAGCAAGAAGAGUAGCAGCAGCAAGAAGCUGCAGACGCGGCGGCAUAAGCACGUAACAAUGGAGUGGCCUGUAAGAAACCCGCUGCACAUAUCAGCAUCAACAACAGCAGUAAAUGCAGCAGCAGCAGCAGGAGUAGACCUUAUUCAAUCGGGGUGUAUGUACACCCCAGAGACAGCAGACGCAAGGCUGCUAGCAGCAAUCGCCUGCACCUGCAGGCGCUACAAACUAACUGACGAUGAAGCAUUGAUGGAGAGGUACGCCCGCCGCGGUUUGCUGCUGGCUACCCGCAGCACCCCGAAGCAGAUGUCGCUGCUGCUGCAUGCUCUUGCUCACUCAGCUCUACUGCCGAGCAGCAGCAGCAACACAAGCAGCAGCAACAGCACGAGCAGCGGCAGCAGCAGCAGCAGCAGCAGCAGCAGCACAGGUGUCUCCUUUGUGGUUCUGCUGGCAUUGGCGUCUCGUGCUGCUGCUGCUGCUUUGAGUUUGCUGCCGCGCUGUAACCCCCAGGACCUGUCGUUGCUGCUGCAUGCUCAGACUCGCAUCUUCGCGGGGUACGUACACCGGGAGCAGCAGCUGCUGCAGCUGCUUGACAGGCAGCGAAAGCUGUUGCAGCAGCAGCAGCAGCAGCAGCAGCAGGAAGGGACAGCAGGACGGCAGUGCGACACCCAGAACAAGCAGCUGCAGCCGGUUACAGACGAAGAUGAGGUGCAGCAGCAGCUGCAGCAGCAGCAGCACAAACGCCUAGAGGAGCAGCGGCUGCUGCAGCAAGGUCUUCACGGGCGGCCUGGAGAGCUAGAUAACGAUUUGCUAGCUGCUGCUGCUGCCUAUCCUGCUGCUGCUCUGCUGCUCCUGCAGCAGCUAGCAGAUGAAAUCCCCCACAAACUUCGUUAUUUCGAGCCGCAGCAGUUGUGCUGCUGCAGCAGCAGCUAUGUGCUGCUGCUGCGGUCUUUGCUUCCUGCAGCAGCAGCAGCACCGGUAGUUUUUGCCGCUGCAGGUGAUGCAGCAGCAAUAUCCAAGCCACCUGCUGCUGCUGCACUUCCUGCUGCUGCUGCUAUCCGUCGUUGUCUCCCGCUGCUGCUGCAGGACCUGCAGUAUCACGCCCUAGAGCUGCUGCCCACCGCAGAUGGCCGCGCUGUAACCUCGUUGAUGCAAUCCUUUGCUGCUGCUGCUACCCUCAGCAGCAGCAGCAGCAGCAGCAGCAGCAGCCGCAGCAGCAGUUUGUUUCAUCGGGUCAUGGUGGCUCUGGCAGACCGCGCGCUGCUGCUGCAGAAGAAGCAUUCGCUGACGCAGCAGCAGCAGCUGCUAGUAGCGCAUGCACUGGCGGUGGGGGAGGUCAGACAUCCCCAGGCGCUGCAGCUUGCUGCACAUGCUGCUGCUGCUGAUGCUGCUCAAGACAGCAGCAGCAACAGCAGCAGCAACAACGAGGACUAUACUGGAGAGGAUGAUGAACAUGAGCCCCCCAGCAGCAGCAGCAGCAGCAGCAUCAGCUUGCGUUUGUUGCUAUCGACAUGCGUCCGCAGCGGCGCGUGCUGCCCAUCUUCGCUGCUGCAUCAAUGCGAGCAGCAAACGCUGCAGAUGUGGCAGCAGCAGCAGCAGCAGCAGGAGCAGGAGCAGCAGCACGAGGACCUGAGCAGAGAUCGCGUGCUGGUUCUCGCUAAGGCACUGCAGCUGCUCUAUAGGGCCCCUCACUGCAGCAAUGCGUUUGCUGCUGCGGUUGCAGUGCAGCUGCAGCAACUGUUGCAGCAAGUGCAGCAGCAGCAGCAGAAAGCCUUCAGCAGCAGCAGCAGCAGCAGCAGCAAAAGCAGCGAGUCUCUGGCAUACUUGAGCCCACAGCUGCUAAGGGUUAUAACGCGAGCUGUCUGUACACUGCAGCAUCGGUUCAUCGUAGCCCCCACACAGCAGCAGCAGGAGCCAGCAACAGAACAAGCGGCUGCAGCAGUUGCUGCUGCAGCUGCUGAUAUUGCUGCUGCUACUGAUGCCGCUGCGGCAGAUGAGGACGUUGCGCGUAGGCAAGCAGAAGAAAUGGAUGCAACGCAGACAAACGCUGCAGCAGCAGCAGGAGGAUCGAGACAAGCAACCGCAGCAGCAGAAGCAGCAGCAGCAGCAGCAGCAGCAGCAGAGGGCGCUUAUGAGUGGGGUGGUUCUACAGCUAAAGUGGCCGCCUCAGCAGCAAGUACCGCAACAGCUGCUGCUGCUGCAACGCCAGCUGCUGCUGCUGCACCAACAGGGGAGGGGAUGUCGCAGCGCAUCGCUGAAAUAUCUGCUGCUGUUGUGCAGCAGCUGCUGCGGUGUAUGGACAGCUUCACUAAGGAGGUUCGCUUGGCGUUGCUGCUGCCUGUCGUGCUUUUGCAGCAGCAACUCCCUGCAGCAGCAACAGCAACAGCAACCGCACACCCCGCUCACCAGCAGCAGCUCCUGCUGCUCAGACACAAAUUGUUUGCUUCUGCUUCUGCUGCUGUCGGCAGCGCGCAGCCGUUGCAGGUUGCCCUCAUUGGAAAGGCCCUUGCUGCUGAAGCCGAGCAGCAGCAGCAGCAACAGCAGCAGCAGCAGCAGCAGCAGGAGGUUAGCCUUGAGAGGCAGGAGCUGCUGCGACGUGUGUUGCGGCGCAUGCGUAGCACCAUACCCCAGCAGCAGCAGACGGAGUGUCUCGCCACCAAAGCGGCGCUGCAGCAGCUUGCUGCUUGCGGUUUGUUGCAGCAGCAAAGCAGCAGCAGCAGCAACAGUAGCAGCAGCAGUGCUGUAAGUGCUGCUUCUAACCAGCCAAAAGACUUGCGAGUCUAUCACGCGCUGCUGCAUGCAGUUAAUCUGCGCCUAGGGCAGCUAGCGGCCCAGCAGGAGGAGGAGGAGCAGCAGCAACAGCCGCAGCAGCAGCCGGUAGAGCCUGUCCUUGAACCUGUGAAUGAUAUGUCUUCUCUCUCCCCCGCACAGGCCAUACAGAAGAUGCGGCAGCAGCAGCUGCUGCCAGCAACAGACGAAGAGCAGGAGCAGCAGCAGCAGCAGCAGCAGCAGAGACAGUUUAGGGACUCGCUGGAGGAGUUAGCGGCGCGCACAGACGCACGGCUGCAGCAGCUGCAAGAGCAGCACCGCCUGCAAGCUCCAGAGAUACCCCAAAGCAGCAGCAGCAGAAGCAAGAACAGCAGCAGAAGCAGCAGAACCUCGGUAGCAAAGCUGCUGGCUGAAGACAACCAGACGCUGCAGCAGCUGCAGUGGGACCAGGCAUAUCCUGAGGUGCAGCAGCAGCAACAGCAGCAGCAGAUGGAUGCCGUUGCUGCUGCCAAGCCAAAACCCCAAAUAGGCCGGCAGUUACGCGGCAGGCGGAGCCGAGCUGCCUCAGCAGCAGACACGCAGCAGCAGCACGCAGCGGCCGUGAACCUGUCACCAGCAGCAGCAGCAGCAGAAGCAGCAGCAGCAGCAGAAGCAGACGAAACAGCAGAAGACUUAAUAGGAGACAGUCGGCUGGUGGUGAGGAGUGAGGUGCUGCGAGCGAAGCUGCUGCAGCAAGAAGACAGUCCGUCCGCCCUGGCCUUCCUAGGCGCCGGCAAGCACAACCUGAACAAACGCUAG